CGGCUGGUUCGGGCGCGAAAUUUGCGGAAAUUUGCGCGCGCAAACGGUGAUUGCGUGCGCUACCGUCAGCUGAGUGUGCCGACCGCGUGCUUAGCGGCAUCUUCGUGGUCUGCGUCGGAAAUGUCGUCCCCGUCCCCGUGCAGCCCGCCGAUCAGAGAUCAGGCGUACUACCCGUGGCACUGGCACGAAGUCGCCGAAGCCGUCGACCUGAAGAGUCCGCGCGCCGGCACCGCGCUCGCGGGCUGCCGUCCUCCGUCGCCGCAGAGCAGCCCGGCGCACGACGGCCAGCGCCGCGGUCGCCCGAGGCUCGAUACCAUCACGUCUCUGAUCCGCGAGGGUUCCUCGUCACCCAGCAACAUCAAGUGCAAGGUCUGCAACCGCGUGUUUCCGCGCGACAAGUCGCUGCAGGCUCACAUGCGGACGCACACUGGUGAGAAGCCCUACGUGUGCGACUUUCCAGGCUGCAAGCGAGCAUUCGCCCAGAGUGGCCAACUGAAGACUCACCAGCGCCUGCACACGGGUGAAAAGCCAUUUGUCUGCUCCGAACCAGAGUGUGGCCAGAGGUUCACCCACUCCAACCGUCGCUGCAACGCCCAUCCGUUUGCUGUGCUUCGACGAGAUGAUGCAAGCACUGCAGUGGCUGGCAGUGCAGAGGACACGCAAGCAAACUGUGAAAACCAGAGCGAGGCUGUGACUCGGUGGCUCAAAGGACACUCGACGCAAACAUGCAACAGAACGACACUCCCAAAAGCACGGCAGCUGAAACGUGAGCUGGACGCCCAAGCACGCAUCGACUCCGAGGAGCUGCUCCAGAAGAAGCUGGCACCGUCCUCACGACGUGACAUGAUUGGUGCACUCGCACUCAUCGAGCUUUCGAACAAGGGCCACGGGUGUGCUCCCGCCGUCGUCAUGGAAAAGGUCCAAUCCAGUCCCACCUCGAUCGACGUUGACGAUCGGCCACUUGAUCUCAGCGUGUCUAGGUACUACAGUAACGACAGCUAACCAUCACCGGGUAGUGCCUCACGAUCUCAUCUUUGACGGUCAGUGACAGAAGCUUCUCCUGCCCUUGCACAUGUGUGUAAAAUUGUAUAGGAACAAUGCCACCUUGUAUUGUAUCGUUGAGAAGAAUGCCAAAGAACUCUGAAUCGGGAGAAGAGCUUCGUUCUUGUUCUGCACUAAAAAAUGUAACAGGG